AAAAAAUACUGCGGCUAAAAUAAAUACAAAAGAAAUGCUGAAAACACCCUGAAGGCCCAGAAAUCAUGGAUAGAGAGAGCUUUUUGCAAGCGAGAAUGCGUCCACAUUAUACCAAGCACGAAAGACCACCAUAGGUGCUGUUGUGGACGACUAAUGGGCCAACAUGUCGGAUUACCCCCUGCGAUCUCCAUCAGCCAGAACGAUAGUGGCGAAUGCCGAAGUACGAAGAACGAUCUGGAGAAGUGGUCAGUCAGCAAGCAUACCCAGCUCAGCCCAACAGAUGCCUUUGGCACAAUCGAAUUUCAGGGAGGAGGACAUUCCAACAAAGCUAUGUAUGUGCGUGUUUCAUUUGACACAAAGCCUGACUUGCUCUUACACCUGAUGACAAAGGAAUGGCAGCUGGAUCUCCCAAAGUUACUGAUCUCUAUUCACGGUGGCCUCCAAAACUUUGAGCUUCAACCUAAACUAAAGCAAGUCUUUGGAAAGGGCUUAAUUAAAGCAGCUAUGACAACAGGGGCUUGGAUCUUCACUGGAGGUGUGAACACAGGGGUCAUUCGGCAUGUAGGAGACGCACUCAAGGACCAUGCCUCAAAGUCCAGAGGAAGGAUCUGCAUUAUAGGCAUCGCUCCAUGGGGAAUUGUGGAGAAUCAAGAGGAUCUGAUUGGAAAGGAUGUGGUCCGCCCUUACCAGACCAUGUCCAACCCCAUGAGCAAGCUGACAGUGUUGAACAGCAUGCACUCACAUUUCAUCCUGGCAGACAACGGCACAACAGGCAAAUACGGAGCUGAGGUGAAGUUACGGAGGCAACUGGAGAAGCACAUUUCCCUACAGAAGAUUAACACUAGAAUUGGACAGGGAGUUCCCGUGGUGGCUCUCAUUGUGGAAGGUGGACCCAACGUAAUCUCCAUCGUGCUAGAGUACCUGCGAGACACCCCACCUGUCCCAGUGGUGGUCUGUGAUGGCAGUGGCCGGGCUUCAGACAUCCUUGCCUUCGCCCACAAAUAUUCGGAGGAUGGUGGGGUGAUAAAUGAAUCUUUGAGAGACCAGCUGCUCGUCACCAUUCAGAAGACCUUCAACUACAGCCGCACUCAGGCUCAGCACCUCUUUAUCAUUUUAAUGGAGUGCAUGAAAAAGAAGGAAUUGAUUACAGUCUUCAGAAUGGGCUCAGAGGGACAUCAGGACAUUGAUUUGGCUAUUCUAACAGCACUCCUUAAAGGAGCCAAUGCUUCAGCACCAGAUCAGCUUAGUUUAGCUUUAGCCUGGAACAGAGUGGACAUUGCUCGGAGUCAAAUCUUUAUCUAUGGACAGCAGUGGCCGGUGGGUUCCCUCGAGCAAGCCAUGCUUGAUGCACUGGUGCUGGAUCGUGUGGAAUUUGUGAAGCUGCUGAUUGAGAACGGGGUGAGCAUGCAUCGGUUCCUCACCAUCUCCAGGCUCGAAGAGCUCUACAACACCAGACAUGGCCCAUCCAACACUUUGUACCAAUUAGUCAGGGAUGUCAAAAAGCGAGAAUACCAAGCAUUCAGCUGGAUCUAUUUUCAGGGGAACCUUCCUCCUGAUUAUAGAAUCAGUUUAAUUGACAUCGGGCUUGUGAUUGAGAAUCUGAUGGGAGGAGCUUAUCGCUGCAAUUACACGCGCAAAAGGUUUCGAACCCUAUACCAUAAUCUGUUUGGUCCAAAGCGGCCCAAGGCUCUGAAGCUGCUGGGAAUGGAGGAAGAACCCCCCAUACGGAGAGGCAGGAAGCCCACCAAGAAGAGGGAAGAAGAUGUAGACAUCGAUCUGGAUGACCCAGAGAUCAAUCACUUCUCCUACCCAUUUCAUGAGCUGAUGCUCUGGGCUGUUCUCAUGAAGCGACAGAAGAUGGCAUUGUUCUUCUGGCAGCACGGUGAGGAGGCCAUGGCCAAGGCCCUCGUCGCCUGCAAGCUGUGCAAAGCCAUGGCUCACGAGGCCUCCGAGAACGACAUGGUGGAUGACAUCUCCCAAGAGUUAAACCACAACUCCAGGGAGUUUGCACAACUUGCAGUCGAACUACUGGACCAGUCCUACAAGCAGGAGGAGCAGAUGGCCAUGAAGCUGCUGACCUACGAGCUGAAGAACUGGAGUAACUCCACCUGCCUGCAGCUGGCUGUGGCGGCUAAGCACCGAGACUUCAUCGCUCAUACCUGCAGCCAAAUGCUCCUCACGGACAUGUGGAUGGGACGGCUGAGGAUGCGCAAAAAUUCCAGCCUGAAGGUAAUUCUGGGAAUCCUACUACCCCCAUCAAUCCUCAGCCUGGAAUUUAAGAAUAAAAAUGAGAUGUCGUACUUGCCCCACAGCCAGGAAUCACCUUUACUCGGGAAAGAAGGGGAGGAGCCUGAGAAACCAGUUAAAGAAAAAGAGGAAGAGGAUAUGGAGUUCACAGCAAUGCUCGAUGGGGUGAGUGGAGAAUCAGCUCGAAAGAAAAAUGAAGAAGAAGUACCAACAGUACACAGAAUGAUUCCAUUUGGAAGAAAGAUCUAUGAAUUCUACAGUGCUCCAAUUGUUAAGUUCUGGUUUCAUACGCUGGCAUACUUUGGCUAUCUGAUGCUUUUUAAUUACAUCGUUUUGGUGAAGAUGGAGCGGUGGCCAUCGGUACAGGAGUGGAUAGUCAUUUCUUACAUCUUCACACUCAGCAUAGAGAAGAUGCGAGAGAUCCUGAUGUCAGAGCCUGGUAAGCUAUUGCAGAAAGUGAAGGUCUGGCUGCAGGAGUACUGGAACAUCACCGACCUCAUGGCUAUCCUGCUUUUCUCUGUGGGAAUGGUGCUACGCCUGCAGGAGAAGCCAUACAUGAGCUACGGCCGGGUCAUCUACUGCGUUAACAUCAUUUACUGGUACAUUCGCCUAUUAGACAUCUUCGGGGUCAACAAGUAUCUGGGGCCUUAUGUCAUGAUGAUUGGAAAAAUGAUGAUCGACAUGAUGUACUUUGUCAUCAUCAUGCUGGUAAUUUUAAUGAGCUUUGGAGUGGCACGCCAAGCAAUACUUCACCCCAAUGAAGAUCCAUCCUGGAGGCUGGCAAGAAACAUUUUCUACAUGCCCUACUGGAUGAUCUAUGGAGAAGUGUUCGCUGACCAAAUUGACCCUCCAUGUGGGGCUGGAGUAUCAGAAGAUGGUAAACCCCUACCUCCUUGUAUUACUGGAGCAUGGAUCAUCCCUGCUAUAAUGGCCUGCUAUCUCUUAGUUGCAAAUAUUCUGCUGGUGAACCUCCUUAUAGCUGUGUUCAACAACACAUUUUUUGAAGUGAAAUCGAUAUCAAACCAGGUUUGGAAGUUUCAGAGGUACCAAGUGAUCAUGGCUUUCCAUGAGAGGCCCGUCCUGCCUCCACCACUGAUCACCUUCAGCCACAUGACUAUGGUCUGCCAACACAUCUGCUGUCGCUGGCGCAAGCAGGAACGUGAGCAGGAGGACAAAGAUUACGGACUCAAACUAUGCAUAACUGAAGAUGAACUAAAAAAACUGCACGACUUCGAGGAACAGUGUAUAGAAGAGUAUUUUCGAGAGAAAGAUGAUAUGUUUAAUUCUUCAAAUGAUGAAAGAAUUAGAGUUACUGCUGAACGGGUAGACAACAUGUCGAUGCGGCUGGAGGAAGUAAAUGAGAGGGAACACUUCAUGAAGGCGUCCCUGCAGACCAUGGACAUCAGGCUGGGGCAGCUGGAGGAGCUGGCGGCGCGCAUGGCAACGGCCUUGGAGCGGCUGGCCGGCCUGGAGAAGGCCGAGGGCAACAAGGUGCCAUCUAGGACAUCAUCGGACUGCACCGAGACCGCCUGCAUCCUGCGCCAGAGCAGCUUCAACAGCCAGGAGGGCAACUGUGGGGGCUACCGAAUGUCCGAGUGUGGCGAGCAUGUGGCUGAGGAGCCAGUGUCCCCCACGUCGCCCAUCGCCAUGCCAAGAAUGAGGAGCCACUCCUUCUACCUGGUAAGCCCGAAACCAAGGGCCGGCAGCGAGAGGUCUGACUUCCCCUUCAAGGAGAGGUCGCUGAGCUUGCAGAGGGCCAGCAGCUCACAGAUGGUGGCAGUGGUGCCCAAGCAUGAGAUGGUCGAAGGCAAAAAAGGGCUGGCUUGUGUCGACACGGAGGCCGACAGCUCCUCCCUCCGGGUGCCAGCCGCCCUUCACCCGCCUGAUGUAGUGGCCGCCCUACUGAGGGCGCCAGCACCCGGCUGGCCUGAGGAGGAGGUGCCUGUGCCCACUGAUGAGCUGCUGCUGGGAGACGGCCCGCCGGACAGUUGGUGGGCGGGCGAGUCGCAGCCAUUGGAGCGCUCCAAGAGCAGCCGGUACCUGUGUAGCCCGGCGGUAUGUGCCGAGGCCUCAUGCCUGGUGGUGAAGUCGCACAGCUUCGCCUUGCCAUCGUCGUCAUCAUCCCACGGUUACUAUGGCUGCCUAGGCGUCCCGGUGAAGACAGCUGAGUACACCAGCAUUACCGACUCCAUUGACACCCGCUGCGUGUCCGCUGCCGCCGCCACCAGCACCCUCCAUGCUGAACACUCGCCCCUGUCCAGCGGCUCGCACGGCAACCACUCCAGCGGCCUGGACGACGGUGUUGCCUGCCACCCAGAGCGGGAGGCCGAGCUUAGCCACCCCAGUUCAGAGAACGAUGAGGACGAAGAGGUAGGAGGCCUCGGUGGGGGAACCCCACCCGCCCUCUACAAGCUGGAGCGGGCCAACAGCUGCACGGCGGCCGAUCCUGCCGGCCCGGCACCUCAUGCCAGGAAAAGCUGCUCCAUCAGUGACCGACUGGACAGGCAGCGCAACUCAGUGGCCGCCACCACCACCAUCGCCACCGUCGCCUUGCAUGGUCCAUUCCAGCGCAGCCGCUCGUCUCGGCCCGACGUCAGGUCUGAGGGCUUUUCUCUCAAGGCGCUUGGGAGAGCCACGACUUUCCGGAGCUUUGACAGCAGCAAACAGAGCUUCACAUAA